AUGAUAAGAAAAUAAUUUAACCCAAAUAGUUGUAAUUAAGGUGGCAAAUAAUAAAUUGAUACUUUAUAAGAAAAGCAUAUACUUGCACUAAUUAAUAGUAGACCUUAAGUUGUAAUUAAACCACCCCAUCCUCAUGUUGAUUCAAAUAAACCAUUCUCCAUCAGUUUUUAUUUUAAUCAUUAUCUACCUUAGAAGAUAAACAAGAUUUUACAGAAAUCAAUGAAACCUAUCGUCGUGUCUAAUCCUUAAAAUCAGGUUAUUCUGAUACUAAAAUGCCAAAGACUUUCAAUAUGAAAGAGUAAUUAAAGAAGAAAAAUAAAGUAUCAUAAUUUAUACAAGAAUAAGUAUAAGAAUUUAUUAACUAAAGAAUCAUUUAAAUAACAUCAAAGCACUAGAAAAUAAUAUUCAAGAAAUAUCUACAAGAACUCAAAAAAAUAUUUAAAGAAUUAAAUCUAAUUCAAAAAUGCACAGCAUAGCCUCAUCUAUUAAAGACAAUUCAAGAAUAAGUAAAAGAGAAUGGGAAGAGAAGUCCUCUCAUCCUUUGGAAUAUGAAUGGAAGUAUAUUUUCUAUUUAAGUUAUUUUGAGCGAAAAAAAGACCUGAUUCAGUUUUUAGUAAAUCAAAAUUAAGUAAAGGGGACACACUUUUAUCUAAUGCUUUUUCUUUUGAUCAAAGUUCAUAUAAAAUAUAAACUUAAUCAAAAAGAAAUUAAUAGGAUGGUCCUUUUGAUCAUGCUGAUAUUCAUAUAAAUGAAGAAAUACAAGAUGAAGAUUUUUUUAUUUAUACUGAUACAUAAAAAAUCCCUAAUGAAAAUAUUAUCUAAUCUCCUCAUUGUGCUAUAGUAGACAAAAAAACUAAAUCUACAACAAAUGUAAUAAUUCCAUUAGUGAGACCAAAUGAAAAGAUGAAUGAUGUUAAACGCAAAAUUUAUUAAACUUUGAUGGAAUAUAAAGUAUGUUUUGAUAUUAUUUCUAUUAUUCUAUUAGUUAUUUUAAAGAGAUUAAGUAUAUUAAAUAGGAUUGGCAUAUAUUAAUAAAAAUUAAUGGCUUGAUGAAAAUGAAAUUCUAUAAGAGUGUAAUAGAAUAUCAAAAUAAUUGUAUGGAGUUGAAUGA